UCAAACUCGCUACUGACUGAGCUAUUCCACUGUCCUAGCAGACGACAAUCAAACUCACUACUGACUGAGUUAUUCCACUGUCCUACCAGACGACAAUCAAACUCACUACUGACUGAGUUAUUCCACUGUCCUACCAGACGACAAUCAAACUCACUACUGACUGAGCUAUUCCACUGUCCUACCAGACGACAAUCAAACUCACUACUGACUGAGUUAUUCCACUGUCCUAGCAGACGACAAUCCAAAUAG